CAGAGACACAGCGAGAACACCACGUGACAAAGGAGACAGAGACUGCACUGAUAGAGCUGGAAGCCAAGGAACACCCAGGACUGCUGGCCACCACCAGAAGCCGGGAGAGCCACCCAGUCUGUGUUAUUUUGUUAUGGCAGCCUGAGCAGACGAAAACAACAAUUAAACAUCUGGCAGGGUAAAAGAAGGGAAUCAAUCUAUAUGAAGCUCCAAGGUUUCAGAGCCACCCAAGUUCCCUCUGGGAAGUAACCAACCAGCCCUCAGGAAGCUUCCUUCAACAGUGCCAGGAUUCUAUAAAGUCCCUCCCAAGUUUACUCCUCUGGCCUUGAAGCAGGUGGAUACCUCUGGAACACUGGGAAGAGCACAAGAGACCUUGCCAACCUGAAAUAUCACCUCCAACAUUUCCCCUUCCCCUUUUAACCUCUGCUUUCCCUACCUCUCUGCCCCCUUCCACUUUUCCCCACCCCAGUGUUCCUCUACUUCUUCCUCAUCCUCUUCUUCCCAUCCCUCUCCUUAAAGCACCCUGUGGAUGCUGACUGUAAUUUUCCCCUCAAGGAAAGAUGAGUAAUUCACUUCCAUAGGGUUUGCCUGGAGGAGUCAACGACUGUAUUCCCUCUCUCCCCAACCAAGGCUGGCCACAGAAAAAGUAUGGGAUUUGCCCUUCCUUGCACCACCUGGACCCUUCUCCUCCUGGGCAGCCCCCAACAAAGGGCUCUGGAUGUGGGACGCUUGUCCACACCACCAAAUCCGUAAGCCAGGCUUAUAGCAUGGACAGCGCUGCCCUCUAGUGUUUGCAACUGGGAGCCCUGAGGGCGCCACCAGCUCCAGAAUUUUUCUUUUACAGCCUAAGCAAGACCUGAAGCACCUCGGAGCUCCGACCCCCAAGUUCUCCUCCACGGCCACCGCCCGCACUGCACCCCGGCUCCCACCCCCUUCGCCGUUCAUUGGUGUCCUGGGCGUCUGCAACCUGCCGGGUGAUUUAGUAGACUGGCCCCUGCUCCUGUUCUUGUUCCUGCUCCCGCUCCUGCUCCGCCUCCUCCCCUCUCUCGCUCUCGCCUCCUCUUCCAGUCGGGGCGCCCAGACUUCGCAAAGCGCCUCGCCUGCCGCCCGCCGCGCCACGGGGCUGCUCAGCGCGCCGCGCUCCCGGCUCCUUCUCGCCGCAGCCUGGGGGCCCGGGCGCGGGCAAAGGACGCCCGAGGGGCCAGCGCCCCGAGCCCAGCGUGCCCUAGAGCCCGAUGUGGAAACAAGCUGUGCUUUGACAGAGCUCAGGAGAGAACCGAGCGUGUUCGGAGUGAGACUUCGGGAGCCAGCGGGACGCCCCAGGUCACCCAGUGCGACGCGGCUGCACGCACCGCCCACAAGAAUCCUGAUUUUCUUUGGAUAGUGUUGCCCUCCCCCACUCCACCCCAACCCAGUGACUGAGGAAGAACAGACCUCACUGUCAAGUUGUUCCUGCUUCAUUGAAAGCACUCAGCACAUGGCAUUGCUCUGGUCCCUGUUGAACCCUCAGAAGAAAAGCUGUGGUGCUUCCUUUUACCCAUACAAAAUGGAACAUAAGAAACUACAUAGCUGAAGAAACUACAGUCUUCUUAUAAGUGAGAGGCAUUGAAGUCUAAGUAAUUUCCUGCUGAGGGAAAAUAACCAGCAGCUUUUCCACAGUGUAGAUUGAAACAGGGAAGACAUGAAUAUCACUAACUGUACCACAGAAGCCAGUGUGGCUGCAAGACCCAAGACCAUCACUGAGAAGAUGCUCAUUUCCAUGACUCUGGUGAUCAUCACCACCCUGACCAUGUUGCUGAACUUGGCCGUGAUCAUGGCUAUCUGUACCACCAAGAAGCUCCACCAGCCUGCCAACUACCUGAUCUGUUCCCUGGCUGUGACAGAUCUCCUGGUGGCAGUGCUCGUCAUGCCACUGAGCAUCAUGUAUAUUGUCAUGGACAGCUGGAAACUAGGGUACUUUAUCUGCGAGGUGUGGCUGAGUGUGGACAUGACCUGCUGCACCUGCUCCAUCCUCCAUCUCUGUGUGAUUGCCCUAGACAGGUACUGGGCCAUCACCAAUGCUAUUGAAUAUGCCAGGAAGAGGACCGCCAAGAGGGCUGGGCUGAUGAUCCUCACCGUCUGGACCAUCUCCAUCUUCAUCUCCAUGCCCCCUCUGUUCUGGAGGAGCCACCGCCAACUCAGCCCACCUCCUAGUCAGUGCACUAUCCAGCAUGACCAUGUCAUCUACACCAUUUACUCCACACUUGGGGCAUUUUAUAUCCCCUUGACUUUGAUACUUAUUCUGUAUUACCGGAUUUACCAUGCAGCCAAGAGCCUUUAUCAGAAAAGAGGAUCUAGCCGGCACUUGAGCAACAGAAGCACGGAUAGCCAAAAUUCUUUUGCGAGUUGUAAACUUACACAAACUUUCUGUGUGUCUGAUUUCUCCACCUCAGACCCUACCACAGAGUUUGAAAAGAUCCACUCCUCUAUCAGGAUCCCUUCCUUCUAUAAUGAUCUAGAUCACCCAGGAGAACGUCAGCAAAUCUCUAGUACCAGGGAACGUAAGGCAGCACGCAUCCUAGGACUGAUUUUGGGGGCAUUCAUUUUGUCGUGGCUGCCAUUUUUCAUCAAAGAGUUGAUUGUUGGUCUGAGCAUCUAUGCGGUGUCCUCUGAAGUGGCUGAUUUUUUGACGUGGCUUGGUUAUGUUAAUUCUCUGAUCAACCCUCUGCUCUACACAAGUUUUAAUGAAGACUUUAAGCUGGCUUUUAAAAAGCUAAUUAAGUGCCGAGAACAUACAUAGAUUGCAAAAAGCCAAAAGGCAUUGUUUUUACCAGCCUUGUGAGUGGACAGAGGAAAGGGGUUCAACUUAUUAAUUCUUGAACAUAGUUGGUUCAGAAAAGUUUGUAAGGUAGUGUGGUCUUUUUGUUUGUUCACUUGUUCCGUUUUGUUUGAGGUUUGUUUUCUAGUGUGCCGUUUUCUACCUCUGGUUUUAUUUGUGGUACAUGAUUUCAAAUAAACAUCCGACAAAGACAGAAAUUUCAUAGACGUAAUAAUAAGGUGAAAUAGUAACUACUUUUUUUAGCCAUUCAGUUAAUCCUGCAAUUAAAGAAUGCCAAAAUAAAUCUUCACUUGCAGAAGUUCUUAUUACUUAUAAAUCAAAUACCUGAUAACUUGCCCUCUUGUGGCAUUAAAUCUGAGGUCAUGGCUCCAUAUGCGUGCAAAUUUUAGUGGGAAUUGCAUGACUACAUAAAGCAUUAAUAAAAAAAAAAAGUGGUAUACUGUCAUCUGCUUGCAGACCUGAGCUAAAAUCAUUUACUGUGACUACAUAGGCCACUCCCUUUAGGCACAAAUAGUACAGCUAUUAUAGUUCAUGAUUAAAUAUGCUUCCUCAUUCUCUAAAAAGAACCUGGAAUGAAUACUCCGGCACUUUCGUAGGUCUUUGACUAUGAAUAUGAAACAUAAACAAAUUCAAGAUAAUCUAAAUCUCCUUUGGUCCACAUGUUGUAUUACCUGACAGGCACAUUGGACGUCUUGCCAUUCUGAGAAGUGUCCCACUGAGCCUUGCACACACUCCCUCACUUAGAAGGAUUCAGGUGGGAGUACAAGCAGCUUAACAGGGUAGAGUGAUCAAAUGAAGGAAUAUAUUAUCUGAAGAACUUUGUUGGAGAAUGUUACUUAUUAAGUUACCAGUUGUGCACUUGGCAAAACCAUUAAAAGUCGAAAAUUUAUGUUUACCGCAAAGGUCACCCAUCGAGGAAAUGAGUAUGAAAUUGUGUCCCCUGGGAUCUCAGUGGCUUCCAUGCCAGACUGCAUCUUGGGGCCAGGAGGCUGCAGAUGGGACCUGACCUGAGGCGACAGCACCUCACCUGACCUGGGGUGACUGCUCUAGUCACAUGGAGGAGCUUACCACUAAGUCAAGAGUGAUGACAGGGACGCCUGGGUGGCUCAGUUGGUUAAGCGUCUGCCUUCGGCUCAGGUCAUGAUCCCAGGGUCCUGGGAUUGAGUCCCACAUUGGGCUCCUUGCUUGGUGGGGAGCCUGCUUCUCCCCCAGCCUGCCGCUCCCCCUGCUUGUGCAUGCUCUCUCUCUCUGACAAAUAAAUAAAUAAAAUCUUAAAAAAAAAAAAAAAGAGUGAUGACAGAAGGGAAUGAAAGUCUGUAAAUUCAUGUACGCUCUUGAGUCAGUGACUAUUUUACACCUCUUCUCCUCGUCUCAUCCACAGCUUCUCCCCAUCUCUUCACUCUCCCCGGGUCAUUUCUCUUCUUUGUUCACUGAGAAGACAUGAAUUUGCUCCCUCUCCUCCAUGUUUUAGCCUUAAAUCUACGCCCUCUAAUCUUUUCUGUAAUCUUGCACGUUUCUCCUUACCCCUGACUCCUCUCCUCCACUCCCCCCCUCCUGUCUCCACCCCCUCUCUUCUCCUCCCUUCUCCCCUCCCUUUCUCCCACCCCCUUCCUCUCCCCACUAUUCUUUAAUCUCACCUAUGAGUUUGCUCAAGUCUCUCAGACACUGGUGUACAUUUCCUCUGGCCCUACUUCCCACUCAAGAGCCUGCUUCAUCUCUCUCCUGGCUCUCCCACCUGAGUUUCUCCACUCAUCAAUCCUUCAUUCUGCUCACCUCUCACCUUCCACUGACUUUCUUAUCCUGUGCCAUCUGAGUGUACCCCUCCUAGCUCUCCUGAAACAGAUCUCCCAAAGUCUUUGGUGACUUGCCAGUAGGCAAAUUUAAUGGCCUUCCCUCUGUCCUUAUCUACUUCCCAAUCUCUCAUCAGGUAGAAUAGCUAAGCAUCCCUUUCUUGUUUAAGCCUGUGACUUCCAAAAUACAUUACUCCCCUGGUUCUCCAAUCACCUCCUCAUUCUUUGUCUCCUUUUCUUCCUCCUGAGGCAUUGUCCUCGGCUCUUACCUCCUGUAUCUCCAUACUCCAUCCCACCCCAUCACAUGCCUGUGGCUUUUCAAUUUGUGUCUUUAGUUCUGAUCUCUGUCUUUCUCAAACUCCAGACCCAUGAAUUAUAUCCAGUGAACAUCUCCCUAUGAAUAGCCUGUUGGUUCCUCAAACACAGCUUUUCCAAACUGAACUCAUGAUCAUUUUUCCACACUCAAACCUUCUCCUCCUUCCCAGUCUCAGAUAACAGGAUUACCAUGCUUUUUAUCAUUCCUAUUAGAUAAAUGUGAUCCUCUCAUGGCUUAUCUCUCACAUUCAGAUAGUCUUAAAGUCUUAUCCAUUUACCUCUACAGAAAUAUUUGAAUAUGCCCCUUUCUUCUCCAAUAAGCUGGUCCCCUCACUUAUUCCAAAUCUUCUCAUCUGAUCCACUUACCUCUGGAGUCCUUCACCUGCAACUCUGCCCCCACAUAACUGCACAUCUAUUAGAUAUAUCUUCUAGAACAGUGGUUUUCAGAGUGGCAGCUCUGGACCAGCAGCAUUAGCAUCAUCUGAGAAGUUGUGAAAAAUGCAAUGUCUAGAGCCCCACUGAAGACAUACUGAAUCACAAAUUCAGAGAGUAAAACCUCUAUUUUAAUAAGCCCUCUAGGAGAUUCUGGUUUGAGAAUCACUAUCCUCAAGCAUACCACUGUUUUUUAAUUAUAAUACUCAUAAUCCUCUACUAUUUCCCCAUCAGUUUAAAAUAAAUUAAGAUUCCUUAGUAUAAUAUUCAAGGCUCCUUCACUACAUGACUUUAAACUACCUUUCCAGAGUUGUGUCUCACCACUUCUUCUCACCCACCUCAUACUCCAGAAAGUCUGGAUAUUUUCUGGGUUUUCUGAGCUCCCCUAACAGUUGAUCCCACUGCUUCAGAUUCCACUGACUCCAUGGUUUUCCAUUCUUCUUCUACCAAUUCUUCAUGCAAUCUUGCAGCACAAAUGCAAUCUCUUCUGUAAAGUCUUUCCGAGAGCCUUCUUUCUUCUCUAUCACUGUGAAAGUCCUCUCUCCCAGCUCUAGGCUCCCAUAGAACCUCAUUUCUAUCACUAUUAUUAUAUGCACCCUAUCUUAUAAUGCAUCUGUUUGUGUAUUUCUGCUGUCUGCCCUAAAAGAUUGUGAGCUCCUUGAGGGCAGGAACCAUGUCUGUUUCAUCUCUGUAUCCCUAGGGACUCCUACCGUAUUUUACAUAAAGUAGGCACUCAAUAAAUGUCUGUUAAUGUGAAUGGAAUUAUGUCCCUGGAAGAGAAAAAGUCAUUGUGCCAUCUCCUCCCAGUGAGAAAACCAAACUUCUAAAAUACCAUGGUGAAAUACUGACUUUCUUUCCCCCCAAAACUUACGUUACUACUUCCCAAUCUUGUUCCAAAAACUGCUUAAAAUAAAGAGCUUCCACAUGGAAGAAAAAAAAAAAGGAUUGCCUGCUGAAUAUAAAUUAAUAUACUUUAUUCAGUAGGAUUCAGGCUAAGCUGCUCUCAAAGAAGGGGUCCUCCAAAUAUAGUAGUUCGAACAAGAUAGUUUCUUUCUCCCUCACAUGACAGUAAAGAGGUAGGAGGGCAGCCCAGAGUGAGUAGGAGACUCUGCUCCACAACAUUAUCCAGGACAAGAUGGUUCUUCCUUCCUCUCAGGGCUUGUUCUCAUCUGCAUGGCCAAAGCUGACUAACCAUUACAUCCACAUUCCAGUCCAUAGGAAGUAAGAGAGAGAAGUAGAGAGUGGUUUCCUUUUAAGGAAGUUAUGUGGAUCACAUAACUUCUGCUUGUACUCCAUUGGCAAUAAUUGGUCACAUGGCCACACCAAAUUGUAAAAGAGAAUAAGAGAGUAAAUCUCUAGCUGGGCAGCCACAUGCCUUGCUAAAAUUGAGGACAUUAUAAUAAAAGGAAGAAAGAGAGAAUGAAUACAAGGGAACAAUGAACAGUCCACCUCAAAGGGAUAUUGGUUUCUGUAUGUACAGCUCCUAUAUCUCAGGCAAGUCAAUUUGCUACCCAGUUCCUGGUGACCUAUGUAUGAGGGUGUUGAGGUUUAAAAUAUGGGUGACUAGACUGAGAUUGUGCGUACGCUGAAAAUCCAGUAUUUAUCAUGAUUAUAUCUCUAACAUCUAGAAAUUAUAUGAGCAACUCACUUGCUUUCCCAUCAUCUUCCACAUGUCAUCAUUGAAAAUUCUUGGCAAUUUUAAGCAUUUUAAAAUGUUAAGAGUCUAAUUAAAUAAAAAACA